AUGUCGAAGAGAGGAGCAAGUGAUCAAAUUACUAGAGAGAAUCAUUUAGACCACGAGUCAGACGAUGAGCCGAAGUCGAUAAAGCUGGCAUCUGCUAGCGUGUUGGCGAAGAGAAAAAUUCUUAAACCUAGGGGAAGAACGCCAGGAUCGUCAAUGGCGAGCUCUGCGUCGCCAGCACCGUCGAUUGGAUCGAACGCGACCGGAAACAGUGGGUUGUUUGGAAAUGCGACGGCGCAAGAUGGAUUGAAGGGUACAGAGCAGCCGGGUGUGAAGUCGUUCACGUUUGGGAGUAGUCAGUCUUCGGGGAAAUCAGACGACAAAAACGAGAAAAUCAAGGCGUUGAACACGCAGUUUGUUGCGAUAUUGAAUAAGAAUCACAAAGAGGGGCAUGUGGCUAACUUUACGGAGGCUGCGAAGAAAUACAUCGAGUACUACGACAAGAUAGAACGGGGAGAAGUCAGAAUACAAGACAAUUCGUGGACCAAGCCAGCACUCGAGUCAAAAUCGUCGCAAUCAUUGUUUGGAAAUGCCACGAAGCCAGAUGAUCAACCUACGCCUGUUGUAAAGCCCCAGCCUGCGGUUGAGACGAAGCCUGAAUCUGAUUCGAGUUCUGACUCCGAAGAUGAAAUCAAAGUAGAGGGUCCAAAAUUCACAUUAAAUGCAAAGCCUACCGCUAAGAAUUCUCCGUUUAGCUUUGGUCCAAAACCAGCGAAGAAAGUUGAUUCUGAAUCUGAUUCUGAAUCUGAAGUUGAAAUCAAGGGGCCUACGUUCAAUUUCAACAAACCUAUCAAAGAUAAUGUUUUCAAGUUAGAUGGGGCAAAAUCUGCAAACAGUGGGUCUAAUAACAGUACGUCUACUCAAAUUAAUGACUCUAAACCAGCAUUCACUUUUGGUUCUUCUACUGCUGGAAAGAACGACGAACCAAAGCCCGCUUUUUCCUUUGGUGCUUCUACUGCUGGAAAGAACGACGAACCAAAGCCCGCUUUUUCCUUUGGUGCUUCUGCUACUGAAAAGAAAGACGAGCCAAAGCCUGCAUUUUCCUUUGGUGGUUCCGCUGAAAAGAAAGAUGAACCAAAGCAUGCAUUCUCCUUUGGUGCUUCGGCUGAAAAGAAUGAUGAACCAAAGUCUGCAUUCUCAUUUGGUGCUUCAUCCUUUGGUGCUUCAGCUACCGAAAAGAAGGAUGAAUCAAAACCGGCUUUCACAUUUGGUGCAUCUGCUGAGAAGAAAGAUGAACCAAAGCCUGCGGUCUCAUUUGGCACGUCUGCUGAAAAGAAGGAUGAAUCAAAGCCGCUGUUCUCCUUUGGUACUUCUGCUACUGCUACUGAAAAAAAGGACGAACCAAAGCCUGCUUUCUCUUUCGGCUCUUCUACCGAAAAGAAAGAUGAAUCGAAACCCGCCUUCUCUUUCGGUUCUACUACCAAUGGUGAGAACAAGGUCAUGUUUUCUGGAAGUUCGACUUCAGACUCCACCCCAAAGCCAUUCUCUUUCGGGUCGGAAAAUAAGGAUACAAAAGAAGAAAAACCAAAAUCGUCCCUCCAAUUCUCGUUUAACCCACCUUCUCAAACAUCAUCUGAAAAGCCUGCGUUUUCUUUUGGUUCUUCGAACUCUGGCACUCCAUUAUUUGGGAAGAACAAUUCAACUCCAUCCUUCACCUUCAAUGCCAAUAAUAAUAAAAACGAAGCCGAAUCGAAUUCUGCAACCCCAGAGACCCAACAAGAAGCUGAUCCAUCAGAAGAAGAUACUGGUGGUAAUUUCAAGGCUGUUGCUCAAUUGUCUUCUGAAAAAUUAAAUAACCAAACUGGUGAAGAAGAUGAAGAAGCACUUUACACUAAGCGUUCAAAGUUAAUGUUAUUUGACCCAUCAAAUUCAGAAAAUCCUUACACUUCUAAGGGCUUGGGUGAUUUAAAAGUUUUAAAAAACAAGGCUACAGGAAAGUCAAGAAUAGUUGUUAGAGCUGAAGGUGGGUUGAGAAUUUUGUUAAAUACGCUAGUUAACAAGGACAUGGUCUAUACCACAAUUGGCAAUGGUUCGAUGGUUAGAGUUCCAACCGUUAAUCCAACUGAUAAAUCUAUUGAGACAUAUAUUUUAAAGGUCAAAACCGCGGACGAUGGACAAAAGCUUUUAGAAGUACUCAAUGACGCCAGAAAAUAG